CGAUUUUUCAAUCGCGAAUGAAACGUCAAACUAUUUGAAGAAUAUGCAGACAUCGGUUUGCAAGUGAAAAUAUUUACUGGAAUUCGUAUUAUGAAGCAAUUCAUUCCGUGAAAUCAAUCAUGUUCUACGUUAAACUUCAUCGAGAGUUAUUCUGUUUUCGACAAACAAGUUAUAAUUUCGUGGAUCCAAAUCAUACAUCAUAGCUUAAAAACAAUUUAAUGGAAAAUAGAAGUCUUGUUCCGAAGGCAAAAAAUUGUGUCAAAAUUACUUGAAGCAAAGGGAAUGGAUUAUUCUUACGUCAUACUGUUUAUCUUGCAUUCAUUUCCUAAACUACGAGGAACAACGAAUACAAUAGUGCAUUAAUAUAAACUUGUCUGAAGUGGAUACAGUAUUUUUCAUCCGCUUACUGCAGGGAUUCAGACGUGGGGGCGUAUCAAUAUUCUCAAACAUCUGGUGGAAGCACGCAACAAAAGCGAAAGGUAACAGAAGUGGAUUCUUCAAAUACUGCGAGUUCUGCUCCGCUCACCCCACACUCAACAUGGCCAUGUCGAAGGGAUUCCGUGUGCUCGAGAAAUCCAAACCACCUUCGCCGCACAGCGUAUUGUUGGAACACAGAAACAAGCCGGAAACGCUUCUUUUUGAAUCGCAAGCCGUCGCAGUGUUAUCCGCUCAGGAGACAGAAAUAGUUCGUAAACAGUACACGAAGGUGCUAGACGCAUAUGGCUGUCUCGGAGUACUCCAGCUGAAUGCUGGUGACAGCUCGUUACUAUAUCUAGUGAUGGUCACAGGUUGCUUCUCGGUCGGCAAAAUACUGGACAGUGAAAUCUUCCGUAUUACCCAGACGCAGUUUGUGUCGCUCCAAUACCAACCUUCAAACGAAGAUCGUAUUUCUGAAAUAAGGAAAGUGCUGAAUUCGGGAACAUUUUAUUUCUCCUUUCUGAACCCGACUGCCAGUAGCAGUUUGCAGCAGAACGGAGGUAGAUUCAACUUCGAUAUAACACUAUCGGCCCAACGAAGACGAAGAACUACGGAUACUGAUAAUAGGUUUUUCUGGAAUCGGAUGCUGUUCAUCCAUAUGCUGCGAUUUGGAGUGGACUGUAACUUCUGGCUCCUGAAAACUAUGUGUGGUUCGGUGGAAAUUAGAACCGUGUAUGCCGGAAGUAAACAAGCCAGAGCUGCUAUCAUUUCAAGACUUAGCUGUGAACGAGCGGGAACGCGUUUCAAUGUGAGAGGAACCAACGACGAAGGCUGUGUGGCAAACUUCGUCGAAACGGAACAAUGCAUCUAUUUAGAGAAUGAAAUAUCAUCUUACGUUCAAACGCGUGGAAGUGUUCCAUUGUUCUGGGAGCAACCAGGUGUUCAAGUGGGAUCUCAUAAAGUCAAACUAUCGCGUGGUUAUGAAUCAUCUAAAUCUGCGUUUGACCGUCAUAUGAUUUCUAUGAAGGCCCGCUAUGGUAAACAAGCAAUAGUUAAUCUUCUUGGAACAAGUUUAAUUGGAAGUAAAGAAGGCGAAGCAAUGUUGAGCAACGAAUUUCAGCGCCAUCAUAAAGAAUCAAAUCAUAUGGAUGUUCCACACAUUGUUUUUGACUACCACCAGGAAUGCCGGGGUGGUAACACAGGUGCCCUUUCCAAAUUAAAGACUAAAAUCGAUGCCAUGUGUGCGGAUUUCGGAUUAUUUCAUGCUAUUGGAGAAAACGCGUUACGUGAGCAAAAAGGAACAAUCCGAACUAAUUGUCUCGAUUGUUUGGAUCGAACAAAUUGCGUUCAGACUUACAUUGGGUUGGAAAUUUUGAAUGAACAAAUUUCUCAAAUGUCUGCAUUUUCCGAUAAAAAACAACAAAUAAGUUCCCGAUUUGAGGAGGUGUUUCGUCAGAUGUGGAUCAAUAACGGCAACGAAGUGAGCAAAAUUUAUGCCGGCACGGGUGCUAUACAGGGUGGCUCAAAAUUGAUGGAUGGAGCGCGGUCGGCUGCCCGAACGAUCCAAAAUAACUUGCUCGACAGUUCCAAACAGGAAGCUAUCGAUGUUUUGUUAGUUGGUUCAACGCUUAGUUCGGAACUGGCGGAUCGUGCAAGAAUUCUGCUGCCCUCGAAUAUGCUGCAUGCGCCCACGGCUGUCCUACGAGAAAUGUGUCGCCGCUAUGAGGAAUUUGUUACUCCUUUGGAAAUUCGGAUCGCUUGUGGAACGUACAACGUGAACGGUGGCAAGCAUUUUCGAAGUGUUGUGUACAAGGAUGUUUCUUUGGCUGAUUGGCUUCUGGAUUGCCAUCGGUUGGCGAGGUCGAAAUCUCUUGUAGAUGUUAGUCAUACCGAGGAUACAGAUGAACCACCGAUUGAUGUCUUUGCCAUCGGUUUUCAGGAAAUUGUUGAUCUGAACGCCUCAAACAUCGUUGCUGCCAGUUCGGACAACGCGAAAGCCUGGGCUGAGGAACUGCAGAAGGUAAUCAGUCGAAAUGAAGAAUAUGUUCUUCUGACGUAUCAGCAGUUAGUUGGCGUAUGUCUGUACAUCUACAUCCGACCACAGCACGCGCAAUAUAUCCGUGAUGUGGCUAUAGAUUGUGUCAAAACGGGACUGGGUGGUGCGACCGGCAAUAAGGGUGCGGCGGCGAUUCGUUUCGUCAUCCACGGAACUUCGAUUUGCUUCGUAUGCGCUCAUUUUGCCGCCGGCCAGUCGCAGGUUGCUGAGCGGAAUGCAGAUUAUGCGGAAAUCACACGAAAGAUUGCUUUCCCAAUGGGCCGCUCAUUGAAAUCACAUGACUAUAUAUUUUGGUGUGGUGAUUUCAAUUAUCGAAUUGAUAUGGAGAAGGAUGAACUGAAGGAGCUACUGAAACAAGGUGACAUAGGUUCUGUACUACAAUUCGAUCAGUUGAGGAUUCAACAGAACACAGGUAGUGUGUUCAAUGACUUUCUAGAAGGUGAAAUAUCAUUCCCUCCGACGUACAAAUAUGACUUAUUUAGUGACGACUACGAUACGAGUGAGAAAUGUCGCGCACCGGCUUGGACUGAUCGGGUUUUGUGGCGACGGCGGAAGCAAAGCCCAGAUGCUGACAAACAUCCGAACUGGAAUCCUGGUAAUUUAGUGCACUACGGACGCGCAGAACUAAAGCAAAGUGACCAUCGUCCUGUGAUUGCGAUAAUCGAUAUUGGAAUUUGUAAAAUUGAUCAGCAAAGAAGGUCGCAAGUGUUCAACGAUGUCAUUAGAGAUUUGGGACCACCGGACGGAACAAUCCUAAUUCAAGCAACGAAUCCCUCUAACAGUGGUGCUGAUUCUGGAGAUGAAGAUGAAGGUAGCAUUUACGAUGAGAAUUUGAUGAGCGCCCUCAUCCAGGAGUUGACGCAGAUUGGGGAAGUGACACUAGUGAGAUUUGUGGGUGACACAAUGUGGGUUACCUUUCGGGAUGGACAAUCAGCAUUGACUGCUGCACAAAAGCAAUUUGUCCAAGUUUGUGGAGUUAGUCUUUCGAUUAAACUGAAAACCGAAAAUUGGAUUGAGAGUGUAGAAAAAGAAAUCGAGCUCUGUACACCAAACACUGUCAGUUUUUGCGACAAUCAAACGGGCGACUAUAAUAGUCUUGGUAUACCGGAAGUUCCAUCGCGUCCCAAAAGUCCACCCACUCAUCAGCAAGCGCCAUUACGACCUGCUCCGCCAGGUAGGCCCCCGUUGCCGAAGUCACCUCAAGCAUCACCAAAACAUCAACCAAGUCAUCAUCACUUUCCCAAGGCCGGGGUUAUCAGUUUGGGAGCAGAAGUUUUGUUGGCAUCAAAAUUACAACAAAAACCUCCCAUACCUCCAAUACCAUUGAUGCCGUCGUCCGUCACCUCUAAAACUACUCCUCCCGUUGAGGAAUAUGCCAGUUCUAGUCCGAUUGCUGGUUCGCCUGUUCAUAAUCCUUCCUUCUCGACCGUCACAUCUACCCAGGAUACUGGAGCAAUCUACGAAGAAAUCAACGAUGAUGUGACCAUACCAGAACCACGCGGUCCUCCUCCACCUCCCCCUCGAUGCGAUGUUUACGAUUUGGAUGUAGUAAGCAACAGUAAACCAAAUAAAUCAUCUCCUCCUGGAACAUCCGGCAGUUCCGGUGCUGAUUCACCGCAAUCCUCGCUGUCAUCGGGGACUCCUAAAACGAAUCCUCCUCCACUACCCGUUCGUAGAGGUAUACCUCCUCCAAUACCAAACCGAAGUGCGGGAGCACCACCUCUACCGGCACGGCCAAACAAUCCGUAAGAAACUCCCAAAGCUUAUGUUUAAACUAAAGUGACCAGAUGUUUUCGAGGCGAAAUCAAACUAUCACUCAUAUAUUGUUACAACAGUUAUGUGCUGAAUACCACAAUAUUUACUUACUGUAACUGUUUUCACACAAAAUCUAACCGGAAAGCAGAUAGUCACUAAAAGCAGCAAUCUAAGCUAUAAUCACAAACUGACUGUACAUGUUGCAAACAUAAGUAUUUACUAACAACAUUCCGACGUUAAUUGGCAUUACUUAUGAUUUUUAAUUUGAGUUAGAAUAAUAGCUACUGCAAUCGUGAGAGCAGCUUUAUGUGUGCAUAAUUAUGUGUAUUUAUUGUUAACUUAUUUGCUGAAACGUUUGUGUAGGUACUAUUAUGAUCUGUUGCAAAUGUAUAAAAUACUGAUAGAAAAAGAUAGAUUCCUUAAAAUUUCGUUAUUGUUAGGUAUUAUAAAGUUUACCAAUGUACUAAAUAAAGUGUUGUGUUUAGAAAAUAGACAACAUUUAAAAAGAUUUCCCAAAAUAUGUUUAUAGGCAUUUUUGUUAAGUAAUUCGAGACGGUGAAAAAUAGUGGUUACAAUUUAUAUCGAAGAAAGACAUGAUACAAUAGCUAUUACUGUAUAACUAACAGUGUUUUAAUAAUUUACUGCUGGUAUGUUAGAGAAUGUAGCGAUAUCUAGUGAAGGGUAUUGCAAUGAAAUAAUCCUUGUAGGAAAGGCUAGAGCAAACAAUCUAUUACAUAUGAUCAAUUAAAGUAUCCGUUACAGAAAGAAAAGAAUAAAUUUACAAUGAGUAAUUGCACAUCUUUUAUUGACUUGUGCAUCACAUUGUUUACAACGAUCAGUUUCGCCUACAAGAUCCAAGAACGUUCCGCCAGGAUCAGUCGUCUCUGCCGUCAAUUUGGAUAUGGUCAACUACCACACUCUGCUGUUCUAUCUGGUGGUCUCGCAGUGCAAGGGCUCGUCUAUAAUUUGAUCCACAUAAGUCACAGCAUUACUUUAGUUUAUUGCUCGCCGGUGUUCUUGCUAUUAUCUUCGACUCGAAUACAAGGACCCACUCCGAAGAUGAGAACGGUUUGGUGUGAAUUUUUUAUGACGGCAGUUUUAAUGGCUUUCGAACGGAGUUUGCAUUGGUAGUUUCGCUCGAUUGCGUUUGUAGGUGAUAGGUUUACAUUGAAUGUACCUUAAAUCCGAAAAAAACUGGUAGUCGGCAAAACAAAAAUAAUGGGAGCUCGAAAAUUCAUUCUUUCCGACAUAAUGGGUACUGGUAGUUUUGUUCUUCAUCACAAUGAUUAGAUUUUCCGAACGAAUGUGGGUCGAUCAAUUCCAAGUUCCGCUUGAUUUUGCUGUCGUUGAGAAAGCCAACCACAUUUGAAGACUUUUUUUUCAAUAGGUCCAAUCUGCAAAAGAGAGCUUCUCUUUGUUUACUUUCUCUUCCACGAAUUACUCGGUCACCUUUCUGAUUUCCCUUUAACUGUUUGCAUAAUAAGCUAGUAAAACCUUUGGUCUUUCGAAACAUACUGAUAAAUGUUUAAAAAGUUUUAUGCUUUUGCAAUAAUAAGCGAAAGAGAAAGCGAAAAAAGAGGGCUAUCAUUUGCAGAUUGGACCUAAUGAAAAAAGUCUUCAUUUGUCCGAAAAAGCAAUUCGUCAUUAAGCAGAAUUUACUUUAAAUUUGAAGAAAAACGUUUGCAAUAACAAAAAAUUGAGGGAGCCCAGAAA